GGGCCCGGGCGGUGUGGGUCACGUGACGCCCGGCCCGGAAGCGCUCGCUCCCGAGACCCCCGGGUGACGGGGUCGGGAUCUGCCUUCUGGAGCGACCGGGAGGGUCGCGGGGGCCCCUGCAGUUUUCCGCUCCCCGCAUCCGCCGCCAUGGCCUGGACCAAGUACCAGCUGUUCCUGGCCGGGCUCAUGCUUGUCACCGGCUCCAUCAACACGCUCUCGGCCAAAUGGGCAGACAACUUCAUGGCCCCAGGCUGCGGAGGGAGCAAGGAGCACAGCUUCCAGCAUCCCUUCCUCCAGGCUGUGGGCAUGUUCCUGGGGGAGUUCUCCUGCCUGGCGGCCUUCUUCCUGCUUCGGUGCAGAGCUGCGAGGCACCCAGAUGCCAGCAUGGAUCCCCAGCAGCCCUUUAAUUCCCUUCUUUUCCUGCCCCCUGCCCUGUGCGACAUGACGGGGACCAGCAUCAUGUAUGUGGCCCUGAACAUGACAAGUGCCUCCAGCUUCCAGAUGCUUCGGGGUGCGGUGAUCAUAUUCACGGGCCUCUUCUCGGUGGCCUUCCUGGGACGGAGGCUGGCGCUGAGCCAGUGGCUGGGCAUCCUUGCCACCAUCGCGGGACUGGUGGUCGUGGGCCUGGCCGACCUCCUGAGCAAGCACGACGAUCAGCACAAGCUCAGUGAAGUGAUCACAGGGGACCUGUUGAUCAUCAUGGCCCAGAUCAUCGUCUCCAUCCAGAUGGUGCUCGAGGAAAAGUUCGUCUACAGGCAUAACGUGCACCCUCUGCGGGCAGUCGGCACUGAAGGCCUCUUCGGCUUCGUGAUCCUGUCCCUGCUGCUGGUGCCCAUGUACUACAUCCCGGCCGGCUCCUUCAGCGGAAACCCCCGCGGGACGCUGGAGGACGUGCCGGACGCCUUCUGCCAGGUGGGUCGACAGCCGCUCAUCGCCCUGGCGUUGUUGGGCAACAUCAGCAGCAUCGCCUUCUUCAACUUCGCGGGUAUCAGUGUCACCAAGGAGCUGAGCGCCACUACCCGCAUGGUGCUGGACAGUCUGCGCACCAUUGUCAUCUGGGCCCUGAGUCUGGCGCUGGGCUGGGAGGCCUUCCACCCCCUGCAGAUCCUGGGCUUCCUCAUCCUCCUGAUGGGCACCGCGCUCUACAAUGGGCUGCACCGCCCGCUGCUGAGCCGCCUGUCCAGGGGCCGGCCCCCCGCAGAGGAAGGCGAGCAUGAGAGACUGCUCGGCGGCUCCCGGACUCCUAUCAACGAUGCCAGCUGAGCCUCGCAUGGGUUCUCCGCUGCUACCUGGAUGCACCUUGUCCACCCUGAGGCCGAGGCUGCUCGGGCUGGUGAGCCUCCAGUAGCCUGUCCCCGAGGCCUCACCCUCUCCUCCCCACAGACACCCCCCCCCCGCCAGGGCAGCUGCUACCCCAAGAGAUGACCAGACACCCAGGUCCUCCUUGGUCACCACCCCCUGUGCCGCCCACACAGGACUGAGUACGGUGACCUACCCCUGCCAGGCUCGCCUGCAAGCCCCUCCUGCAACACGAACACUAAAUCAUGAAGUGGAAUUGCAGGAACGAACAACCCUAAGAUUUUCUCCUAAAUCAUAAGCUAAAUUUGGUUCUCCAGAGAAGAGAGGUCAGUGAACACAUUCAAACCGGAACUCGGUACCAUGUUUUCUAGGAUAGGCUAUUUGCUAACCCCGCCAUGGAGAUUUAAGUUUUAGCUGGACUGUGCCACAAACUCGGCAUAUGUCCCCCAGCCCAUUACCUAGUGGCCCUGAGCCUUGGGGUCCUCGUCUGUAAAGCAGAAGGUGGAGCUGCUGUGGCUUUGGUGCCUCCAGCCUCAGCCGGGCCCAUCCUCUGGGAAAGGAGGAGCACCUUCUUUGGAAAUGCUCCUCUGCCCACGGUGCCUCCUCCCCAUGCCAGUGCUGGCAUCCUUGCUCCCACACUCUCAAGACCUCCCUGCCCGGGGCAGCGGGGAGGGGGAUGAUGGGGAAUUCCAAGUAGCCUUUAAUAGCAGCUUUUACGAACUCUUCACCUUCCAUUUUAAAGAUGAGAAGACUGAGGCCCAAAGAUGUAAGUGGUUUUGCAAGAAGGCUCUCCUGCUGUAGACUCCGGCCAUGCCCUUGGGAUCCAGAGCACAUCUGGACCUCAACCCUACCCUCAACAACCCGACUCCACAGAUAUCCCUCCAGGGUGACGAAUUUACUAGCACUGCACCAUUUAGAGUAAUUCUGGUGUCCUGGGCAUGUGUUAAGUGCUCAACGGUAAUCCUUCGGUGUAACAAGCCACACGGGUGGGUGCAGAUGAGGAAGCCAUGGCCCAGAGGUGCUUCGCGGACUUCUUCACGGAGCCUGCAGUCCCAGCUAGGUUUGCCUGAUUCCAGACCUACAGCCCCACCCACCAUACAGGUCUCUCUGGGGUCUUUGGGGUAAAUUUUCCAUGGCCAGAAUAAAAGCUUCAUGUGCUGUU